UUAAGACGACUGUAGAUUGUAAUUCCUCUCUCUCUCUCUCGAAACUGCACGGCAUUAACGGGGAGCAUAUGUUCAGGAAUUAGAUGGCGGAGGAAGUAUUGUUAGCAUCCGAUGGGAAAUUUAGUGGGCAUCUCACCAAGUCGCUGCUGGCGGUGGCAUUCCUGGCCUCCUUCGGUGGCUCCAUGCUCUACGGCUACAACCUGGCAGUAGUCAACUCCCCAGCAGAGUACAUCAAGGCCUUCUACAACCAGACCAGGAUCUCUCGCAACGGGACUGCCCUGGACGAGGAGACCCUCACCCUCAUGUACUCCCUCACCGUGUCUGUGUUUGCCAUCGGGGGGAUGCUGGGCUCCCUGCUGGUGGGCAUGCUGGUCACCAAAUACGGGAGAAAAGGCACUCUGGUGCGGUCCACCAUUCUGGUGUUCCUAGCUGCAGCUCUGAUGGGCUUCAGUAGGAUCUGCGGCUCUCCAGAGAUGAUCAUCAUUGGACGCCUCAUCACAGGGAUACACUCAGGUAUCUCUCUGAGCGUGGUGCCCAUGUAUCUGGGGGAGAUCGCUCCCAAGGACCUGAGGGGCUUCCUGGGCCUCGUGCCCAGCAUCUUCAUCUGCGUCGGGGUGUUCGUGGCUCAGGUCCUGGGCCUGCAUGAAGUGCUGGGAAGGGAAGAACACUGGCCUCUCCUCCUGUCCUUACUGGUGGUACCGAUUACCGUCCAGCUGAUGCUGUUGCCAUGGUUCCCUGAGAGCCCUCGCUAUCUGCUCAUGGAGAAACACAACAUCCACGCCACUGUCACAGCUUUGAAGUGGUACCGUGCCAGGUGUAACAUCCAGGCAGAGAUCGAGGAGAUGCAGGAGGAGCAGCGCUCGCUGUCCUCCAUCCAGACGGUGUCUGUGAUUGGUCUGUUGAAGGACCGCAGCGUUCGCUGGCAGGUCAUCACCAUCGUGGUCAUCAACAUCGGCAUGCAGCUGUCUGGCAUCGACGCGAUCUGGUUCUAUACCAACGCCAUCUUUGAGAACGCGGGGAUCCCGAGACCUCAGAUCCAGUAUACAACAGUGGGAACCGGAGCAAUAGAAGUUCUCUCCGGACUGGUCGGGUGUUUCACCAUCGAACGAGUGGGCAGGAGACCUCUGAUGAUUGGUGGGUUCAGCUUCAUGUCCAUCUGCUGUGCAGGGAUCACCGUCUCUCUGCUGUUACAGGCCCAAGUGGAGUUCAUGCGAUAUGUCAGUGUUGGCUGUGUGGUGGGAAUCAUCGCUGGGUUCUGUAUUGGGCCAGCCGGCGUUCCCUUCCUGAUGACAGCAGAGCUGUUCACACAGUCUCACAGACCGGCCGCCUACACCGUGGCAGGACUGCUCAACUGGCUGUCCAACUUCACCGUGGGCUUCGUGUUCCCCUUCCUCCAGAUGUCCGCAGGGUCCUACUGCUACCUGGUGUUCUGUGGUAUCUGCCUGAUGGUGGCAGCCUACGUUUACCUGAUCAUCCCCGAGACCAAGAACAAGACCUUUGUGGAGAUCAGUCAGAUGUUCGCCCCCAGGAACGGCGUGGGACGGGAUGAGAUGACCGACCUGGACCACGGUGACCGCCUCAAGCUCACCAAGAUGAACGGCUACGGGGCCCUGGAGAACGAGGACAGAGUGAUCUGAGCGGAGGAGUGGAGAGAGGGAUGGAGGGAUCUGAGCGGAGGAGUGGAGAGAGGGAUGGAGGGAGGGAGGACGGUGUUGAGGACGGCUGGAGGAGUAGACAGAGAGCUACAGGGAUGGAGGAAGAGAAAAGAAUGGGAUGUGUAAACAGUAGGAUAUGGGUAGGGAAGUCCCGCCCUCAUCUCUCCUACUUUUGAGUGCGCUGAUGUGAACGACAUAGGACUAGGGAAAGCGACAUGGUGGAAUUGGUGCCCACCAGAAAUACACUUUUACUUACCUAGGUUAUGUCCGUCGUGAUUGGUUCUCGGACACAGAUGUAGCGAUGUCCUUGAGGAGGGGAAAGGAAGAAAAAACGUAUCGGUAGCAGAUCUUGAAAUAUGUUUUAGUUUCUUUUCCCCAGCUCAGACUUUCUUCUGUUUCCAGGAAACAAGUUCCAGAAGGUUCACCAUCAUCAGGUUAUUGGCAAUGACAUUUUACAGAUGAAAAAUGGAUAAAAGGUUCACAACGUUCAUAAUCCACGACACUGUAUGGUCAUAUUCCACAGUACGUCCGUGUGCAGGUCUGUACAGUCUCACUGACGUUUACACUGCCUGUGUGUUGAGUGUGUGUAUGGGACUGUGUGUGUGUUUAUGAAAGCUUAUAAACCCUGUUUGAGAUCGCUCAUCGGUGAUAUGAUAAUCAUUUGGACGCAAGCUGAGGAGAAUGUCAGUGCUGCCUUUCAACACUGCUUCUUAGCAGUUUUUUCAUUCUGUUGCUAACCGUUUGUGACCGUUUGUGACCUUUUUCUUCUUGUGAACACACGGUCCAUGCGUGACGUGUUCAACACAGUCAUGCUCGAUUCCUUCUCUACAUUGUAUAGUAUUGUGUAUUUAUUUAUUCAUACAACAAAGUCUUUCCAUCCGAUAUCUCACGUGACGUUUACUUCCUGGAGACUGGUCUUAACAGGAAGUGACAACCGAGGUGGCGUGUCAUCACAUGAACAGUAAAGCUACUGUUGUGUUUACCUCUCAUGGAGCAACCAACGACUUGGGCGUAGUUGUGUAUUUUGUAACACGACAUAAAGUUGCUCUAAAAUGUGUAACGUGGCUUUUGAGUACAAUGUUUGUGCCUCUCUCUUGACAUGAGAGCUUGUUACCAUGGCUACUGUAGUAGUCAUUUUAUCUCUCAAGAUGGGACAAUUUACCUGUCGAAACAAUAUCCACAUCUAAGGGUGUCAAAGGAUAUACUUCAUGCCAGAACUGGGUCAAAUAGUAUUUGAAACCCUUUUAAAUACCAGAUUGAUCAUCAAAUUAAAGGUUGUUGGAAGUUGAAAAAUGCAUGUAAAAUGCCAGAAUAAAUAUGCGUGAACACA